AUGGCCUCGCUUAGUAGUUCGAUAUGUGGCGUCACAAGCGAAUCCCUCGACCCACAAAAGAAUUGGUACGUCCUAACGAAGGAAAUCUGCAAUCGCAACCUCCCAAUGAAGUAGUCAGCAUUUCGGCGGGAAAGCUGAAAGCCACAAACAAUCAACUGCCGUUCAAGAACAGAUUUGGUCUGUGUUCAGGACUGCUGAGACAGCGAGACCUCUCAAGUAUCGACUUGCUUCAUUCGAGCCAGUUCAAUUCUGUGAUAACUGCAGUGAAUGGAAUCAGUUUAUCAGAGGAAUUAUUGGCGCCAAAAAAUGGCGCCAAUGCCUCWCACAGUUCUUCAAUCUCAAGUAACAGUCCAUCUACUAGCCCUUCAAUGUCCACAAUUUCACCAAUCAGACCUUCUUCGGACUUUCAAAUUAGUUUUUCAAGUAGUGAUUCUUCUCCUUCAAGCCAAAAUAUCUUCAAUCCACUGUCAUGUUCUACACCUACACGCAUAUCCACCUCUGCACCAUCUAUCAAUCCAUCAUCAGAAAGUUCUUUUGCACAAAGUGACGCAAGUGAAUCUACAGAAAGCAUAAAAGCAGAUCUGACWAUAGGUUCCACUACGAAAAAGCGCAGGAUUAGGAAGCAGUGUCGGYGAGUGAUGGCUGAUAUUUCUGAUGUCAGCCUCAAGUACCAUGAAACAUUAUCAUCUGUUCUUGGUAACAGUUUUAUUUUUUGUUGUGAUGAUGAUAAGAAGCCUGAGAACGAGAAGGAUAAGUAUUUUGUAAGUAGCACCAUAUCAGAGGUUGUGGAUAUGAUAAUGGAUGCAGUUGGGGAAAAGAAAGGCCUGAGAGAAUUAUUCCUGCCAGAAACCUAUGACCGUCUGUUAAAGAGUAUGCGAGUUCCGGAUUGGGUGCUUUUGUACUUUAAAUUGCAGACAAAGCUACCUGAUGAUGCAUGGCAAACUUUAUUAAAUCUAACACACCUUGGAAGAAGUGGUAAUUCAUUGGACAAUGCUGUUCUCUUGACAAAAAAUCAGAUUAAGGCCAUAAAAAAGAUGAUUUUCAACAUCAUAAAAUCGACAUUGAAAAUAACAGAAUUAGAAACAGACUUUCCAUCAUGUGGUGUCGACCUAAAUUCUGUUUUGAUUUGGGCUAUAAGAGAGCAGCGAUUGUAUGGAGCUGACACCCCACAUAUGGAGUUCAAUAUCAAGAUAGAUGGACGACCCCUUGGAGGCAAAGAUCAAAUAGCUGUAGGGAUUGUGCCCAUUGACUUUGCAAAGAAAAGUCCAGAGAGUGCACUUUCGGUCUAUCCAGUUGCAAUUGCUAAUUGCAAAGAAGAAAGGAGCAACAUGAAGCAGUUAAUAGGAAUGCUGAACAAGCAAAAGAACUGGCUUAAACAACAUGGACUAUGUGUGGAUGGGAAAUCAUACAAUUUCAAGUUUACAGUUACCCUUGAUUAUAAAGCUUUACUGCUGUUGAUUCAUAAAAAGGACGAUGAAUCGUUCACUCUAGGAGGCAAAGGAUAUGGUGUGGAAUUUUGUGUCUUUUGUGAUGCUGUCAGGGCCUGUACACAUCAUGGCGAAAUUCCAAAUCAUGCUUGUGUUGAUUGUUUAAGAUCAAAAGCCAAUAUUGCAAGGCCCACAGGUGUUCGUGACGAUCUAACGUUCCUCUUGGAGGAGGAUUUGUCAAACAUCAACCUCUGCUCCCUGCACUGUGAGAUGAGGAACAUGGAGCAGCUUUUAGGUUCCUUGGGACUAUUUUCACACCGUGUUGGUACUCUUGACCAGUURAAUAACAUCCUUUYUCAAUAUGGGCCUGAGAACACCCGUGGAAGAACGCGAAUUCAAGUAAAGGAGAAACCAGGUCAACAGACUGCAGUGGGAAGGCAUAAUAUAAAGGUUGCUUCAUUUUCAGGAUGUACAGAGAGGCAAUUACUGGAUAAUGCUGAGAACAUAGUAACAGAAUCUCUACCCACUGAGAAGGUUGCAGGUUAUUUUUCUGAAUGCAGGGAUGUCUCCAAGUCUAUAGUACUAAAUUACAUCACAUUCACAGAAGAAAGAAAGCAGGACAUUCAGAAGAUUCUGAGCAGUGAAGCUUUUCAGCGUGACUUUGGAAAAGUUCAAAAAGAGGUUCASCUUGAAGAGACUCCAGCAUUUACAAAGUUCCUUCAAGAUAGUUUGCAACAUUGGGCAAAAGAACAGGAAGAAGUAGAAGCCACUUUUGUUGAGCUGUCAUCACAAGCAAAGGGGGAAAAAAGUAACGGAGAGCCAAAGAAAAAGAAAAAGAGGGCAAAUCAGGAGGAUGAGGACAAGAUCUUUGCAGCCUAUGCAGCCAAACUACAAAUUAAGUUAUUUCUUAAGAUUUUCACUGAUUGGAGGGAAAUUGCUCUUACAUUGAGAAGAACAGUGUAUGAUGUUGAUGAUGAAAAUGAUCUGCAAAACAUUGACAUUUAUGAAAUAAAGUGUAGAGAAUGGGGACAUCACCUCAGACAUUUGUUUGGAGUUCACCUUGGGACAGGUAAUGUAUACCUAAAA